AUGGUGGCCGCCUCCGGCAUCGCGCCGCCGCGGGCCGCGGCCGCGCUCCCCUGCGCGCGGGCGCGCGCAGGGCACCGGCCCGGCUUCCUCCGAUCCCCUCCGGUGGCCGCAGCCGCUAAGGCCUCCGUGGCGGCGCAGCUGCGGUGCUGCGCCUCCGCCGUCGACGACAGCGUGGUCGCGCCGGCCGCGCCCAGGCCCCGCCUCCCCAGGGUGGUUGGCAUGGGCUCAAAGCUCAUCGGAAGCGGAUCGGCCACUCCAUCACUUUGUAUUUCAAAUGACGACCUUUCAAAAUUUGUUGAAACGUCCGAUGAAUGGAUCGCGGCGCGGACUGGGAUUCGGAACAGGCGGGUUCUUUCAGGAGGCGAAACACUGGGAGGGCUUUCAGUAAAGGCAGCACAAAGGGCACUUGAGAUGGCCCAAGUAAGACCUGAAGAUGUUGACCUUGUUCUCUUUUGCACAUCUACUCCAGACGAUCUCUUUGGCGGUGCUGGUCGGGUGCUGGCGGAGGUGGGGUGCACAAAUGCAUUUGGCUUUGAUAUCACUGCUGCCUGUAGUGGGUUCAUUGUUGGUUUAAUUACAGCUACUCGUUUUAUCAAAGGUGGAGGUAUUCAAAAUGUCCUUGUAGUUGGGGCAGAUGCUCUUUCGCAAUAUGUGGAUUGGACAGAUAGAGGUACAUGCAUCCUCUUUGGCGAUGCUGCUGGUGCUGUUUUGGUCCAGUCAUGCAAUGCUGAUGAAGAUGGCUUGCUAGGUUUUUGUGUGCAAAGCGAUGGCCAUGGGCAAAAGCACCUGCAUUGUUCAUCAUCGAACGCUGACUCAAUCUUAUCCAAGACCAAUGGUGUCCCUGGCUUCCCACCGAAGAAGACCAACUUUUCUUGCAUCGAAAUGAACGGAAAGGAGGUUUUCCGCUUUGCUGUACGUUGUGUCCCACAGUCCAUCGAGAAGGCGCUAGAGGAGGCCGGCCUACCUGCCUCCAGUAUAGAUUGGCUGUUGCUUCACCAAGCUAACCAGCGGAUCAUCGAUGCUGCUGCCAGUCGGUUAUCUAUCCCAUCGGAAAAAGUCAUCUCAAACCUUGCUAAUUACGGCAACACCAGUGCGGCAUCCAUUCCAUUAGCACUGGACGAGGCUGUUCGUGGCGGGAAGGUGAAGGCGGGCGACGUCAUCGCAGCAUCUGGCUUCGGAGCUGGACUCAUCUGGGGUUCGGCUAUCGUCAAAUGGGGUUAA